UUAUCUCAUUAUGGCUUGCACCUGUUUUAGUUCUGGCACCCUUUAUAUUCCCAUUAUAUUGCCUGCUCUGCUGAGUUUACCUGGCUCUCUUCUGUGUUGAUCAUGCUCUUGCUGUGGUCUUGUCUGCCAUUUACCUAAAGAUCUAUUAGCCUCUUCCUGUUCUACUUGUUUGUUAGUUUUUUUUAACCUCCUGUUUGGUUAGUUUUUGUUUCUUUUGCUCCCGAGCUCCCCUGUCUCCUUUGGCUGCUGGAUCCGUCCUCCAAGCCACCUUGCUGCCCUGCUAUCCUGGAUCCCUUCUCCUUCCUGUUGCGUCCAUCCGGCUCCUCUUCGGAUCUCCUAUCUGACCACCAGCUCCAGAAGACUCCAGCUGCCACCACCAGUAUUGCUGUUUGGGUCUGCUCUGUCUUUUGCUCUGGAUUCCCCUGUUGGGCUGACGUAGCACUCCCACAUACCAGGCUGGAAUUCUUCCUGAUUCCGCUCCCAACUGUGGCCUCACUAUUUCCCCCUGUGUUCCUGUUUUUGUGUGCCUAUUGAAACUCAACUGAUUUCUCCUCCUUUUACCAGCCUGACAGUAUCCCUUGAGCACAGCCAUUUGUAUGAUCAAGAAUAUCCCAAUAUAAAAAUUUUCCUUCGAUUUCCCCCUCCUUAUUUUCCUUCAUCCUUAUUUUCUUUCCUCUCAGUUGGGAGGAGCUAGGAUGUGAAGAAAGGGAGCAAGGAAAGAAAACAAGGAUGCGGUGUAACCCUCUGGUGCUCUUCGAUCACUUUUGAAAAGAAAAAUUUACUUUUUUUUUUUUUUUAUAUUUCAUGGGAAUGAUAUGAUACUUGGUGACUUGUGGCACUUGCUCUGUGAACACACACACAAAUAGUGGACCUGAUUCAAAAAGGUUAAACUAUCCUAGGGAAAAAAAAAAAAUAAAUAAAUAGUGUCACUCGUACUCCUCCUCCCCUCAAAAAUGAGCACUAUAUAAAUUAAUAGGGAGUUUUUAUGAACAUUAAAAUUCAGAGAAUUUGUUGGGGUACAAUCUACAGAUCAGCUGCGGUGCAGGGAAAAGUGCACAACAAUGAAGGGGUUAAUUGAUAAUUUUAAAUAUUAGAAAGGGUAUCAUUUUAAUUAAUUGUAUUGCAUUGAAAAAAUUGUGGAAACAAAUGGAUCAUAAUUAUUGCGUAUUACUCAAUACCAUAAAUUUCCUUUAAAAUAAAAAAAUAGCCUACAUGAUUUUACUGAGGGAAAAAAAAUUACAUUUGAGGUGCACUUUUGACCAGAAAAAAAAUUACUAUUUUUUUUUUUACUUCAUGGGAAUUAUAUGAUACUUGGUGACUUGUGGCACUUGCCCUGUGAACACACACACACACACACACACACACACACAAAAUAGUGGACCUGUUUGGAAAAGGUUAAAUUGUCCUCACAGUCAAAAAUGAGUGCCAUAUAAAUGAAUAGGGAAUUUUUACAAACAUUAAAAUACAGAUAAUAUUUGGGAUGUACGAUCUACAGAUCGAUCUUACGAUGCAGGAAAAAAACACACAGCAAUGAAGAGGUUAAUCAAAUAAUAAUAAAAAAAAAAAAAAGAUAUGGUUUAAUUAAUUGUAUUGCAAUUGUAUGUAAAAGUUGUGGAAACAAAUGGAUCAUAAUUAUUGCAUAAAUAUUGAGACAUCUUUUAAAUACUACUCAGCACCAUAAAAUUCCUUUAGAAUACAAAAAAAAAAAAAAAAAAAAAAAUCUAUUAAAAAAACUGAUUUUAUUGGGGGAAAAAAGUUACAUUUGAGGAAUUCGGCCACUUUUGACCGGAAGGAGUGUAAGUGUGACUUUAACCCUAAAUGAGGAGCACCAUAGGGUUAAUACAGUCACGGUCCAUUGAGAGAGAGAGAGAGUUUGAGAGCCUCCUACAGGAAGCAGCCUGUAUUUCUGCUCAUCACAGACGCAUUUGUGCUUACGGUUCAGUGGAUGCACAUAGCUGUUUCUGCGCUCCAUCAAGGGAUAUCAGGAUUGCAAUCGACGGUCAGAUUAUAAAAAUACUCUCUCAUCUGCAUUAUUCUACCGUGGAUUACACUAAACCGCUAUGAAGAAACGGACACCCGAAAAGGCCUUGAAUAAAUGAUGUAUUUAUCAUCUUCAUGGCAAAAUAUGAAAACUGCAAGUUGGUUUUUAUUUCAGAGGAUUCUGCGCUGGAAAGUUGGUGGUGCAACAGUGCAGCACUGGACACCUUGCAAUGGUCUUUUUGUCCCUUCACUGGAUCUAAAUGUACACAUUCAGUGUAUAAUCAAACCCAAAAUGGAGGAGUAAAGAAGUUUUUCCUGUGAUCUGUAAAAAUGCUAGUGCAUAAUUUUAGGAUCUUUAAGGGUCGCAUUGGGAAGAGAGGAGGCCAUUUAGGGAUCAUCCAUUACCUCUCCAUAAUAGUCUUAUGUGGUUCCCUGCUUGCUCUACUCUUUUUUGACGUCAUUGAAUUGUGGGUGACCUCGCUGGGCAUGAGCAAAGAAGUUCUUCGUGUAGUGGACCUUCCGCACAGUAUUCCUCCAACCCGUUUGGAAGAGUACCUGCUUAUGCCUAGCAUCCACGUCUGCCAACGUGCCAAACCUUACCUCAUCACUUUGGUGGCAACUGCACCUCAAAACAGAAAGGCCCGCCAGGCCAUUCGUGACACCUGGGGUGGGGAAGUACAAAUCAGAGGUCACCGAGUCAUGACCCUCUUCAUUGUCGGUCAGCCAUCUGACCCAGUUCUUGGCAAAGAAUUGGUGGAAGAGUCAAAGGAGCGCGGGGACCUCAUACAGGGUCGCUUCAUCGACUCCUACGGCAACUUGACCCUAAAAACUCUGUCUAUGCUGGGCUGGGCACGCCGUUUCUGUCCACAGGCUCGCUAUCUGGCGAAGGUAGAUGAUGAUGUACUGUUCAACCCUAGUGCGCUGCUGCAGUAUCUUAACCACAGCGUUAAAACACCAGAAAACGAACUCACCGAGCUUUAUCUGGGACGUGUCCACAUGCAGGUCGCACCGGACCGCAAUCCCGCCAGCAAACACUUCAUGUCAGAAACCACAUACGCUGGUGUGGUCUUUCCUGAUUACUGCAGCGGGACGGCGUAUGUGCUUUCUCGACCAGCUUUGCUGAAGCUGUCUCUAGCAGCUGUUGCCAUACACUUAUCCAGUCCAUUACCUCCAGAGGAUGUGUUUGUAGGCAUUUGUGCUCACAGAGCAGGCAUUACACCGACCCAUUCUCCACUCUUCUCCGGAGGACCAGCUGUACCAUACAGCCGUUGUUGCUACCAAACUAUGGUGUCUGUCCACCAUACCAAGCCAGGGGACAUGGUGCACUACUGGACGGAGGUGCACUCCACUGCCCCAUGCUCGUGGUUGGGUAUGCGGACAUCUUUUGGUGUCUGUAAAGUGAGAGCACUUCUCGGGACACUGUUGGGGAGAGACUCCUGAAAUGAAGAUACAUUGAAUAUGAAAAGCCAAAGGGAAAAGCACAUCUUUAGUUACUUAGGCCCUGUUUACACCUGGUUUAAGAUGCGUUUUGGUUGAUCGGACACAUUCCCGUUUACACCUGGUGUUUUACUCCAUCUUUUUUGUCCACUUUCAAUCACUUUUGUCCUGAUUUCUUCCAGGGGAGGGUCUAUGGUCGGACCUUUUUUAGAUCUUUCGAUCUAGUUGACAGAAUAAGCUUGCGCAUUUUACAUAUGAAUGCGAAAGGAGACGACGGAAAAACGCAGUGGUGUGUGUUAGAAAUCAGUAAUGGUGAGAGAACAUUGUGCUUGGUACAUUUUUUUGUCUUCAAACUAAACUUGGUUCUUCAUCUAACAAAGUUUAAAGGGUUAGUUCACCCAAAAAUGAAAUUUCUGUCAUUAAUUACUCACCCUCAUGUCGUUUCACACCUGUAAAACCUUUGUUCAUCUUCAGAACACAAAUUAAGAUAUUUUUGAUAAAAUCUGAGAGGUAUAUGAUUCGUCCAUAGACAGCAAUAUAAUCAACACUUUCAAGGUCCAGAAAGGUACUAAAGACAUUGUUAAAACAGUCAAUGUCACUGCAGAGGAUGUGUUCAACCUUAAUGUUAUGAAGCGACGAGAAUACUUUUUGUGCGCCAAAGCAAAAAUAGCGACUUUAUUUAACAAUAUCUUCUCUUCUGUGGCAUUCUCAUACGUUGUUUAUGUCCAGCGCUUCCAGGUUCUACGUCAGAAUCACACGCAUGUGUUGUGCUGAUCACGUGACCAGGCCAAUACUGAGCCGGCGUUCUGACAUAAACACUGAAGCCUUCACUGUGAUUACUGCGUCACCUGCAUAAGGAUAAUGACAGGGAAGAGAAGAGAUUGUUGAAUAAAGUCGUUAUUUUUGUUUUGUUUUUGCGCACAAAAAGUAUUCUCGUCUCUUCAUAAUAUUAAGGUUGAACACUGCAGUCACAUGACUGUUUUAACGACAUCUUUAUUACCUUUCUGGACCUUGACAGUGUCGGUUAAAUUGGUGUCUCUGGACGAGUCAUAUACCUCUAGGAUUUCAUCAAAAAUAUCUUAAUUUGUGUUCUGAAGAUGAACAAAGGUCUUACGGGUGUGGAACAACAUGAGGGUGAGUAAUUAAUGACAGACAUUUCAUUUUUGCGUGAACUAACCCUUUAAAUCCCAUCUGGCUAGUGCGCUUUCCCAUUAUGUUUACGCAUUAGGUCAGUAGGUGGAGAGUAGGCAGUCUGUUCGAAUGCAUUCAACCACAUGAGCGUCUACACUACGAAAGCAAUCCAGUCGAAUGCAUUUUCAGCUACCUCUGGAAGUGGUAAAAAGUGGACAAGCUCAAGCUCACUGUGUUUACACCUGUAUUUAGCGUCAUCCACUUGUGAUCCGACCAACCAAAACGCAUCUUAAUACCAGGUGGAAACAGGGCCAAAGAUAUUAUGCACUGAAAAUUUAUUUUUAUUAUACAAUACUUGAAUUUAUGUUCACAGCUUACCCAGCAUGUGCCUUUCACAAUUACACUUCUAUACAUCUAAUAUAUAAUUAGAAACUCAGCUUAUGUAGAACAAUAUGCACAUUGAAGACCAGGAGUCAAAGAUGAAUUUGAUUCAGUUGACAGAGAGUUUCUUGAACUAACUUAGAAUACAGAAACACUAGUACUGAUUAACAUUUACCAAAUCAACUGACAUUAUUUCUACAAGUUCUAAAGAUUCUUAUAUUUAAUUCUAGCAAUGAAAAACUCUCAUUUUGUUAAUGCAUAUACAUUAAUAUGAUUCCUGUGUGCAAAUUUUUUAUGUGAUUUAAGUGCAAGAUGCAAAAGAGAACUAAAUUCGGUACUCUCUCGCUGUUUUCUGUGUGCACAAAAAGUCGCCUUUCAUAUAGUGUGCAAAUGCUUAAUUAAGUUCUCUUUCACGCCUUGCACUUGAACGGACAAAUAUACAUAAAAUCAUGUCAAAAUAUCCUUGUAAACAGUUGAGAAAGAAAACUCAUGUGCAACAGUAUAUUGGAUCCAUGCAUUUGGUCUUAAAGUGACAGCGGCCUAAUAUCCUGCUGCAGCCUGUGUCAUUAAUGUAAAGAACAAAAGACAGAGAAGGUCUCUCACUGUACUUGACUGAAUCACUUUUGUGGUUUUAAUAAGUAUUAAUCUAUAUAUUGUUUAUAAAGUGAAGACUAUGCAGGGUUAUUUUACAUUUGAUUUCAGUUUCUGUACCUGAAUAGCUAGACCUGUCAGUAAAACUUAAACCACUGUUCAGUGUAUUAGUGAAGGUUGAGAUUAACAUUAGCUAUGAUUAAUAAAUGCUGUAGAAGUACUAUUGUUCAUUGUUAGUUCAUGUGAACUAAUGCAGUUAACUAAUGUUAACAAAUGAAACCAUGUUGUAAAGUCUUACCAAGACACAUUGAUUAUGGUUCAUAUAAUCAAUGAAUUAAAUGGAUAGUUCACUUAAAAA